AUGGCACCCCCCUCUCCUCGACGUUCUUCACGAGCCCGAGGUAAUACCGUCUCUCAAUCACAGCAAUCUUCGACAACGUCCAGCCUGUCGAGUCGAGGCGAAAGGACCACAAGAUCCCUCAAUAAGACCUCUUCCGCCAAAUCCACUCCGAGCGCCUCGCUCUCCUCCGAGCCACCCGAAGACCUGGACGAUACCCUUCCCUCACGCCGUCGAACUCGCGCCCAAGAGGACGCCCGCGACAAGCCUCGUGUCGAUCCUUACGAUAUGGCUACUGGAAGUGACGACGUUCAAGAGGACGACGAGUCUGUACGAUGUGUCUGUGGCUUCGACGAAUACCCGGGCCCUCCACCUUUCGAGGAGGACUCUAAACAGGGAAAGCACAAUCCAGAGGCCGACUUCUUUGCUAGCAUCGAGUUGUCGGACGAAGUCUCUGGACUUUUCGUCCAGUGCGAUGUCUGCAAAGUCUGGCAGCAUGGUGCUUGCGUCGGUAUUUUCACCGAAGAGAGUUCGCCCGACGAAUACUUCUGUGAGAAAUGUCGCAAGGAUUUGCACAAGAUCCAUGCGGCAAGCAAUGGGCAACGAUACUCCAAUUACCUGCCACUUAAUCGCCCGUCACGCGCAUCGUCUCGGGCUGCGUCGCUGGUUAAGGACGGUACCCGUUCACCCAAGGAAUCGAGCAAGAGUGGUCGUGCUUCGUCUGCGACCCAGGCCUCGAAGAGAAGAUCGACCAUGAAUAGUCGUGACGCCGCAUACGAUGAGGAUGAGCAGCUGCGGCGGGCCAUCGAGGCCAGCAAAGAAGAAACUGUUCCAGAGCCAACGGAGCUUGGAUCAAGGCGAGCGAAGCGAGGUCGCAGCGGCAGCGAGGAGUAA